GGUGGGGCAGCGGUCCAGGGCUCGGGAAAAAAAUCGAAGCGAGGAGGAUCUGGUAACGGUUCGCUUUGAGAAAUAUCCCCCAUCCCGAGUCGCUUACGAAGGGCUCGGCAGGAAUUUUCAUUUUUUUACAAAGGUCCGAGGUCACAGAGCAGGGUCGCCGUUGUCGUCAUGGCAUCUGGAAGUACGAGCAGCGAGGAGGAGCGGAGCCUGAGGGAGUGUGAGCAGUACGUGCAGAAACACAACAUUCAACAGCUGCUGAAGGACUGUAUUGUCCAGCUGUGCACCUCCAGGCCAGACAGGCCCAUGGCCUUCCUCAGGGAGUACUUUGAGAGGCUGGAGAAGGAGGAGGCCAAGCAGAUCCAGAACCAGCAGAAGGCCAGCAGUUCCCGCUCAGACUCCCGUGAUGAAGAGGUGUCUCCUCCCAUGAACCCUGUGGUGAAGGGCCGUCGGCGGAGAGGAGCGUUCAGUGCAGAGGUGUACACAGAAGAGGACGCAGCCUCUUAUGUCAGAAAGGUCAUUCCAAAAGACUACAAGACGAUGGCAGCCUUGGCCAAAGCCAUUGAAAAGAAUGUUCUCUUCUCACACCUGGAUGAUAACGAAAGGAGUGACAUAUUUGAUGCAAUGUUUCCAGUCACCUAUAUCGCAGGAGAAACGGUUAUUCUGCAGGGUGACGAAGGCGACAACUUUUAUGUUAUCGACCAAGGGGAGAUGGAUGUGUACGUGAAUAAUGAAUGGGUUACCAGCAUCGGGGAGGGUGGCAGCUUUGGAGAGCUGGCCCUGAUAUACGGCACCCCAAGGGCAGCCACAGUCAGAGCCAAGACCAACGUGAAGCUAUGGGGCAUCGACAGAGACAGCUACAGGAGAAUACUCAUGGGAAGCACUUUGAGAAAGAGGAAGAUGUACGAGGAAUUCCUUAGGAAAGUGUCCAUUCUAGAGUCUCUUGAUAAAUGGGAGCGUCUGACAGUCGCUGACGCCUUGGAGCCGGUUCAGUUUGAGGAUGGACAGAAGAUUGUUGUUCAGGGAGAACCUGGAGAUGAAUUCUUUAUCAUCUUGGAGGGUUCUGCAGCUGUGUUGCAGCGUCGCUCAGAGAACGAGGAGUUUGUGGAGGUGGGGAGGUUAGGACCAUCUGAUUACUUUGGUGAGAUCGCCCUGCUGAUGAACCGCCCCCGUGCCGCCACCGUGGUCGCCCGCGGCCCCCUGAAAUGUGUCAAGCUUGACAGACCUCGCUUCGAGCGCGUCCUCGGCCCCUGUUCAGACAUCCUCAAACGCAACAUCCAACAGUACAACAGCUUCGUCUCGCUGUCUGUCUGAAGGAUGGAGAGCGAGACGACACUCUCUCCUCCACCUUCCCUCGCCCUCCACUUAUCCCCCUCCUUUUAGACCCAGGGUCCACCAAUGCAAUUUGCUUUUUCCGUCACUUUCUUCUUUCUGUUUGCUUUUUUCUCUUUUUUUUUCAUUUUCCACACGGAAAUAGUUUUGUUGUUACCACCUGUAACACUGAGGUGACGUUCAGCCAUUCACCAGCGCUUGUACCAGCUGCUGUACACUACCUUGUAGGCACAGUUACAUCAAGUUACCUAUGUUAGAUAUGUGUAUCUACUGGUUAUGCUUUCUUUUUUUAGACGUAAACAGAGCAGGAUUGUUAGGAGAGUUGGAGGACAUUAGGGUCUCUGACUGAUGAGACAGGACAAUCAACCUUUACGUGGCGCUUUUGGGGAAUUUGUUACAGAUUUGUGUUGUAGGUUUGAGCGAAGAGAAGACUGCUUCUUCCCUUGGUAUUCUUUUAUUUUUCUUUGAUGAGAUAAACAGCUCAGAGCCGAAAGUAGAAGCUGCCUGAGAGACUGGAUUGCAUCAAAUUCAGUUUUCAGCUGUACUCUUUUUCUUUUUUUGUUUUGUUCUUUAUUGUUUCCCUUUCUCCUUCUCUUCUGCUUAGAUUAAUUCUUUUUUCUUUUACCGGUAUGAUGACAAAUCCGUUUUGCUUCUUUCCAGAGAUCUCUAGGACUUUUAUUUAACUGUGCAGCUACCAGGCUAGUGCCAAAUGUUGAUAACCGAUGCAUAGCCGUGGAAAAUGCAGCGCGUGCUCUCUCCCCAUUCUAUCUAAGGCUCCAAACAGAAAAUAGUUAUCACCUUUAUUGUCCUCAUAAUUGGUAGAAAAACCAUACAAGAACUGCCUUGACUACUCGGAGGAAAAAUAUUUAAAAUGAAGUUUAAAAAAAAGAGUAUUAAGUGUAUUUCAGUAUUCAGUUUUUUAGUAUAAACCAAAUAACUUGGUCACUCUUCUGCUAUGGUUUGUAAUCGGAAAUGUUAUGAUAGUGUAGUUAAAAUGAUCAUAGUUCUAUUAUUAUCGGCUUAAUGAUGAGCUUAUGGUUUGGAGUGAUGGUGAUCUUAAAAAUAUGUUUAACUGUCUUUUGUAAACACUUAUUUUUCCAUAAAUUCUAUUUUAGGUGUCCAGUGCCACAAAGUAAAAAAAGCUUCUUCUUGUCAACAUGACAAACCAGUAUGUAAUUGUAUUGUGUAAAAAACAUCAUGGGUUUUUAAAGUAGAUCAAAUGGGGGUGAAUUAAUCGCAGGUUUAAUGAAGUGGUGAUUGUUUUAUGGAAUUCAGGACAUCAGAAGUAUUUAUGUGUGAAAGCAUCACAAGCGAGCAGAUAUUUAUUUAAAACUUAGCCUCAUUGCUUAUCGCUCGUUUGAAAAGGCGGCUGUCUUUUCAUCAGAGUAGCUUGUGAUCCGUUCUCUAUGCUUACUUGGCAUGAUGUUUUAGGCAUCCAGUGAUCCGGUAUGAAUGGAAGCGUGUAUUUAAAAAAAGAGUGCCCUGCAGCUGUAGGGACUUUGUCAAAUAUUUGGUUUGUUACUUCCUAGCUUAACUGCUUCACGACUAUUUAGAUGGCAUAGAAAGUUACGUCUGUCUUGUUUUGUUUUUCUUUCUUUUAUAAAAGAUCUUUACCAAAUCACACAUUGAUGACUUCUGGAUUUAAGGUUUAACUCUUCAUUCCUGCCUCACUAGCUGUUACCAGAAGCUGUCAUGCGUCUGUUUCUGUCUCAACCUGAGCACUUUUGUGAGCUUAGACUUGAGAUGCGUGUUUGUGCGUUUGAGAGGAUUUGAUUUUUGUGCCGAUUGCAGGGUAGUCAGGUUAGUAAGAGGAGAAUUUGUGAAUGGAAAUGAGUGUAUUUUAUUUCUUUCAUCUUCAUCUGCUCCCUCCUUAACUGUGAGGAUAUUCUAUUUGGUUUGGUUACACGUGGAUUUGUGACCAAACAUCCCAUUUAUCCUGAUCAUAGGAAAUGUCAGUUUUAUGGCGAGGGUUUGGCUCAGCCUUUGCCCACAUAUAGUUUUCAUGUAAAUAGCAGCAUCAUCAGUUUUAGUCCUGAAUUGUUUUUAACCACACUGCAAUUGUCCCGGUUUGCCUUAGCUUACCUAACCUGGGCUUACAGUAGUCGUCUGUCACUCCUGCUAGCCCGACCUUCAGUGAGUUUGUUCGGUCCGCAGCUUGGAGAGCUGCAGGCCAUCAGAGGACCAUUCUUUUUCUAUUCUACCCUGUAUUCAGUUUGACCUCCUGUAUGUGCGAAGAUGUUUAUCCUUUUGGUAUAGAUUGUUCCAGAUGGCAGUUUAAGCAAUAAAAAAGUAAAAAUAUUA